GAAAAGAUGACAGAAGAAGAUCCAAUAGCUUGUGGCCCACUUGGACGUUAAAAUUAGCCCAUUUUUGUUUUUCUUAAUGGGCUUGGUCUCUUAUUGCUAGGUUUCUCUACCUCUUGUUAAUUGGUUUUUCUACGUCUUCGUUCGAGCCGCAAUCAUGAAUUCAUCUUCCUUAACGAGUAACGACUGAUCUCAUCAUGGAGAUAUUGUCAAGAUUGCCUUCAAAGUCAGUCGCUAGGUUUCGUUGCGUGUCGAAGCGAUGGGCAUCAAUUUUUGGUAGUCCAUCUUCCAAGGAGUUGUUCAUGACCAAGUCCUCAGCUAAGCCGCGCCUCUUAUUCGCCAUCGCAGAAAACGGAACCUCAGAGAAAGAAGACUGUGUGUGGAGCUUCUUCUCAUCGCCUCAGCUUGAGAAUCCAUAUGAGAAAUCGUCAUCGACUCUUGUUGCAGCUGCUGAAUUUCAUGUGAAGUUCUCUCCAGAAAAUUUGAGGAUCAAUUAUUAUAGUGAGUUAAAGUAUUUUUCAAUUGGCUACGCCUCUGGUUUGAUCUAUAUCUAUGGUAAUCGAUACCAGGCUAGACCUGUCAUAUGUAACCCCAACACAGGACGGUAUGCAAUCUUACCUAAUCGUUAUACUUACAGAAAGGCGUAUAGCUUUUUCGGGUUUGACCCGAUUGGCAAGCAAUACAAGGCCUUGUCCAUUAUUUAUCCAACUGGUCCUGGUCGUAAUAAAAUACUUACAUUAGGAGAUGGAGAUUUUGAAUGGAGAAAGAUCAAAUUUCCCUUAGGACGACCUGAAAUUAAGAGUGAUGGGAUAUGCAUCAAUGGGGUUUUGUAUUUCUUAGCUGAGAGUUAUCAAGGAUCGUUUGAAUAUGUGAUAGUUUGCUUUGACGUUCGGUAUGAGACAUUCACCUAUAUUGACGUAGAAAAGUUUUGUCGAUUAAUAAACUACAAGGGCAAAUUAGCUAUGAUUUAUUGGGAGGAUGAUGUCGACAUUUAUGCCAUGUGUAAUAUUCCGAAGGAUCUCGAUGAGUAUUUGGAGGAAAAUCUCGACGUUGAUGCCACUAAUGAGUUGCGUGUGUGGGUUCUAGAGGAUGUUGAGAAACAGAAAUGGUCUAAAUAUGCCUACACUUGGACCGAUGAUACAUUCUUCCGUCGUCACCUUUCCAUCGCUGGAGCCACUGCUUCAGGUGAAAUAGUGUUUUCCAUGCGCAAGUAUACAUGUAAACAACCGUUUUAUGUUUUCUACUUCAAUCCCGAAAGGAACACUCUCCAACGUGUUGAAAUCCAAGGUUUUGGCGAAGCGUUUAAGAAAACUUGUAGCGUUCGCACGUUUGUAAACCACAUAGAGGAUCUUGAUGUUAACGAUUUAAAACAACUCAAGUCAGUCCAUCCUCCAUUGAAGCCAGAAUUUUAUUGUCUACCAGAAGCAGAUACAGAAUCAGACUCAGACUCAGAUUCUGAAUCAGACGGACAAGGAGAUGAAGAAGGAUAGAGACGAUCAUUUUGUGCUCUUAUCUCUGCGUUUUUUUUUUUUUUUUUUUUGUCAACCUUAUCUAUUUUACGGUGUCUCUCUCUUUAACUAGGUUUACACAUCUAGUCUUCAUUUUGUUUGGUCUCAAGAACAUGGUUUUGUUGUUUCACUUAGUUCUCUGUCUUUAAUCUGAGUAUAUUUGCUCUUUCAACAUUGUUUCUUCUGGAUGAGAUUUGUCCUCUGUUUUUUGUCAACAUCUUGUUGUGUUUGUCA